CACACCCCCGGUCUCUCCUAGAAGGCUUCCCCGGGGCUGUCCUGGGAGUCAGGCUGACCAGGGGAGGCUGCUGCAGCUGCUCUACCCCCUGCUGCCCACCGUCUCAGACUUAGCAUUCUGCUCACAGCUGCGGCCUCAGGGAUGGUCCAAUGGGACCCUCACACUCUCACGAGGGUGGACGCCCAUGGCUGACAAUCGUGGACUGAGUCUGUUUCAUGCCACACAGGGGAGGUGGCUCAAUGCUGACCACGGGCUUGGGGCAGUGAGCAGAGCUAUCCCCGUGCCCGUCCAGAAACGUGGGGAAGUGGGGCCGCAGCUUCAACCUUCACCUGGAGCCCUGACCCCUCCCUGCCUGUGAGGACCUGGGUCCCUCUCUCUGUCCACACAGGUGGGAACCUCCUCCCUAUGACCCCCUUGAUGAUCCCGGUCAGUGGGUGCCACUCAACCUAGUUCCCUCUUCUUUGGUCUGGUUCCCUCUCCAUUUGGGGAACUUUCUUUUUUUCUGCAUGUGUCUGCGGGUACGUGUUUCAGAAAUAUUCAAAAUAGCAUUUCUCAGUGUUAGGAGCAGAGGAGGGCUCUUAGGUGGGCACCACAAUCACCCACUUUGCCGUGGAGUCUGAGACCAGAAUCCUUUCAUGUCCCACCCACUGCUGUUGUCACCUGCUCUGGAAAUUAACAAUGGUGAUCCUGCAAUGAACCUGACACCAUUGAGCUCACAGCCACUCUGAGGAGUGGGGCUCGUGACAACAUGCAGAGGAGGAAACUCAGGCUCAGAAAGGGCACUGCCCUCACGGCUACAAGAGCAGUGGGGCCAGAUUUAAAUAGAAAUGUUUUCCUUCAAAGUGAGACCUCUAACUCAAAUCAAGGUCCCCUAAGCUUCCAGGCAGGAUGACAGGACGGGGAGGAGAGCCCUGUCCCAGGAUCAAGGGCCACCGAGCAGGCAGGAACGACUCAGGGGUUUGUUCCCAGGAAGGUGGGGUGGACGCUGUUUCAAGAUAAAGGGAGAAGUCCCUGAAGGGGGCUGAGAAAGAAAGCAAACCCACACUCUGGGGCCAGGGAGCGGGCAUGUUUCCUUCCUUAUUUCCCCCAACUUCUCCUCUGUGCUCAUUGCCACACUGACCUCCACGGAGCUGUAGGCAGAUGUUAAACGUGUGUCUCUGCUGAUCCGAGCUCUGCAGUGCAGCAGGAACCUGCAUCCUCCCUGAAGCAUUGCCAGGGCCUGGGUGAUCCCUGUCCAUGGUGAGGACCCCACAGGGACCUGCUGAUGGACCAGCUGAGGACGGGGAGGCUCUGAGAGAGAAAGACGUGCUCGGGUCACCCUCACCUGGAAGGGACAUCUCAGGAAGACACCGGGUCUGUCAUGGGAAUGAGAGCCAGGCUCCUGGGGAGGGGCAGUUCCCCUUCCUGUGCGGCUGCUGAUGUGACAGCUCCGUGACGGGGAGGACCAGCCUACCAGUGGACACACCCUCGGGUCUCCGUCCUGAGGGCACCGUGGUCUCCUCCAUCUGCACCGCCUGGACCACGGGAAGGAGACGCCAUGACCCCCAGCCUCACGGCCCUGCUCUGCCUCGGGCUGAGUGUGGGCCUGAGGACCCAGGAGCAGGCAGGCACCCUCCCCAAACCCACCAUCUGGGCUGAGCCAGGCUCUGUGAUCCCCUGGGGGAGCCCCGUGACCAUCUGGUGUCAGGGGACCCUGGGGGUCCGGGUGUUCCAUUUGGAUAAAGAGGGAAGCUCAGCUCCCUGGUACGGACAGCCCUCACUGCAGCCCGGGGACAAGGGCAAGCUCUCCAUCCCACACACGACACAGGACUAUGCAGGGAGAUAUCACUGUUACUACCUCAGACCCACUGGCUGGUCAGAGAGCAGUGACCCCCUGGAGCUGGUGGUGACAGGGGUCCACAGCAAACCCACCCUCUCAGCCCUGCCGAGCCCUGUGGUCACCUCGGGAGGGAACGUGACCCUCCAGUGUGGCUCAUGGCAGCGACUGGACGGGUUCAUUCUGACUAAGGAAGGAGAACGCAAGUCCUUCUGGACCCUGGAUGCACAGCGAGGCCCCCAUGGGCAGACCCAGGCCCUGCUCCCCGUGGGUCGCGUGACCCCCAGCCACAGGUGGAUGUUCAGAUGCCACGGCUUUUACAGCGACACCCCCCAGGUGUGGUCGGCCCCCAGUGACCCCCUGGAGCUCCUGGUCCCAGGUGUGUCUGGGAAGCCCUCCCUCCUGACCCCGCAGGGCCCUGUCUUGGCCUCUGGACAGAGCCUGACCCUCCAGUGUCGCUCUGACGUCGGCUAUGACAGAUUCGCUCUGUCCCAGGAGGGGAGACAGGCCCUCCCCCAGCGCCCUGGCCGGCAGCCCCAGGCUGGGCUCUCUCAGGCCGACUUCCCCCUGGGCCCGGUGACCAACACCCACGCGGACCGGUACAGAUGCUACGGUGGACACAACCUCUCCUCCGAGUGGUCGGCCCCCAGUGACCCCCUGGACAUCCUGGUGGCAGGGUGGUUCCCUGACACGCCCUCCCUCUCAGUGCAGCCGGGCCCCGUGGUGGCCUCAGGAGAGAACGUGACCCUGCUGUGUCAGUCAGGGAGCACAAGGGAAACUUUCCUUCUGUCCAAGGAGGGGGCAGCCCGGCCCCCAUGCGUCUUAGAUCAAAGUACCGAGGUGGGCAUUUCCAGGCCGAAUUCUCCAUGAGUCCCGUGACCUCAGCCCACAAUGGGACCUACAGGUGCUACAGCUCACUCAGCAGUAACCCCUACCUGCUGUCACACGCCAGUGCCCCUCUGGAGCUCGCGGUCUCAG